UCGAUCUUGUGUUUGUGCAUCUUGGCAGCAUAACUUAGCACCUAAGCAACCGGCGUCCUCCCGUCCUCUAUAUAGCUCGCGCCUCGGUGAGAGCGAUUUCUUUUGCUUCUCCCGAACUCAGCUACCAAGCUAUGGCAGCCGCUCAGAAGCUCACCAUUCAGACAUCCCUCACUAAGCCACUGAAACCAUGCCAACCAACCAAGCCUUGUGAUGGAACCAAACCAGCGAGCGCCUCGGGUGAUCGCCAUGGCUCGUCCCUGACGCCUGUCUUUGCCUUCAUCAUCCUCGGAGCCAACUGCGCAGCUGCCAUCUACAACUCGCGCCACGAUCCCUGGGCCGUCGCGUUCGUCCUGGCCUCCUUCCUCAUACUCGUGUCUCUGUUCUACGCGCUCCGCGUGUUCGAGACGCUGCCGCGCGGUUCGCCCAGGAGAGCCCAUGCCAAGGCCGCCGUGUGGAGCCUCUCGACCGUGCUGACGCUGAUGUUCUCCCACCGCGUGGCGGCGCUCUUGCCGCUCCCCGUCGCCGUCGUCGUGUGGGUGAUGGCCGGAUCCACCAUCUUCGCCGGGUUCUACAUGCUAUUCGUCUGCCGUGACGAUAGAGGCGCGACGGAGGAGGAGGCGCCAGCGAAAUUGGCCGAUAUCGCGUAGAGGACAGAGGAGUUGCCCUCUGCGGGCCCACACUCACCGGCGGCAUCCAAAGUGUUGCUCCACAGUCCACACGGUUGCAGAGAUGCGGCGCGCCUUUAUCAUGUUAGAAAAUCUGGAAUUUGUAAUUGAAUGUAACCUGUUUCGAUCAUUUGAAAGAUUCAGUUAUAUUUUUUAUGAGUUUUUAAUAUUAUAUAUAAGAUAGAACAUACUUUUGUAAAAAAACAGAUGAAUAAAGAAUAAUCAAUUUUUCUUCUA